GUCACCACAUCCAACAUGGAUUCCGUAGUUUUGGAAGCCUCACUAUACACUGUUAAAGGUAUUGCCAUCCUUGAUAAUGAUGGUGAAAGAGUGUUAGCAAAGUAUUAUGAUGACACUUAUCAAACAUCGAAAGAACAAAAGGAAUUUGAAAAGAAUCUCUUCAACAAAACACACAGAGCAAAUGCUGAAAUAAUUAUGUUAGAAGGAAUGACAUGUGURUAUAGAAGUAGUGUUGACCUGUACUUUUAUGUCAUGGGCUCUUUCAAUGAGAACGAGCUCAUCCUUGUCAGUGUAUUAAAUGCAUUCUUUGAUGCAGUCAGUAUGAUGCUCAGAAAAAAUGUAGAAAAAAGAACACUUCUUGAAAAUCUUGAUGGUGUGCUUCUAGCUAUGGAUGAGAUUGUUGAUGGAGGGGUUAUUCUAGAAGCAGAUUCUAGCGCUAUAGUUCAACGAGUAGCAAUGAAGAUGGAUGAUGUACCAAUAACAGAACAGACUGUAGCACAAGUUAUACAGACAGCAAAAGAUCAACUAAAAUGGUCACUCCUCAAAUGAUUUAUCACUUAUGAGCAUUUUAAGUUAAAAUCAAUCAUAGURGAAUAACAUUCUGCUCUUGUAAAGUAUGAAUAUUAUCAGAUGAGAGGAAAGUGGUUAAAAUUUUAGCAGYAUAUAAAGAACAGAAACUUUACCAAUAUAUUAGAAUAUCUUAUCAUUCACAGUUAUUUCCUGGCCAGUACCACAGUUAAUGUACUUGUAGCUAAUUUGUAACAAACUUAUGUAUGUAAUAAUAGAACACCCAUUCUAGACAGUAUCUUAAAUAAAUCAUGAAUUUGGAUAUUAUGA